AUGGAUCUGGCUUGCCAUAUUGGUCAGGAAACCAUUAUCGGUGUCGUAAAGUCAGAAAGCGCGAUGCAGUGCAUGCUUCCAGUCGGUAUACCAGGGAACUAUACACUUGAAAUCACAUGUGCUGGUGUUUCGGAGCUGCUGGGAGCUUUCCAAAUACAGUACGCCAGUCCACCUCGAAUUGAGAGCUCAAAGCCAAAUAUCGUUCCUGCUGGAGGUACAUUUGACGUCGACUUGUUUGGAACCAAUUUUGCUCAAGAAGACAUCAUUUACUGCGCUUUCGGCUCCCCAACGAUGCGUGUGCAGGCCUCUUUCAUCUCACCAUACCGGCUAAGAUGUUCAACUCGUCGGAACUGGAUGGCUGGUCAAGUUGAGUUGUUUGUAGCUCUUGAAGCUUUCGAAGGACGCACAGAGAUACUCUACCAAUCCCCUUUCACGCUAGUCGACAGUAUCUCCGAGACGGCUACUUUGGAGCCAGACUUCGGCUCGACACUUGGAGGGUAUUCUCUUGAUAUUGAAGUGAAUGCAUCGUGGCGCAGCUACGAAAACCGAGGCUGUGGAGAAAGUUAA